AUGAACCACAAGGUGGCACAGGGGUGCUUGGAAGUCAACUUUAAUAGCGCCAGCAAACACUUGAAAGCUGACAAACUCGGAAAAACGAGGAGACGAGAUCAACGUCCAGAAGUUUGGAAGCAGCAGGACCUGCUACCGGGUUCUAAAGGUCCACCGGGUUCUAAAGGUCCACCGGGUUCUAAAGGUUCUCCGGGUUCUAAAGGUCCAUCUAAAGGUUUACCGGGUUCUAAAGGCCCGGGUUCUAAAGGUUCUCUGGGUUCUAAAGGUUCUCCGGGUUCUAAAGGUUUACUGGGUUCUAAAGGUCCACCGGGUUUACCGGGUUCUAAAGGUUUACCGGGUUCUAAAGGUUUACCGGGUUCUAAAGGCCCACCGGGUUCUAAAGGUUCUCUGGGUUCUAAAGGUUCUCCGGGUUCUAAAGGUUUACUGGGUUCUAAAGGUCCACCGGGUUCUAAAGGUUUACCGGGUUCUAAAGGCCCACCGGGUUCUAAAGGUUCUCUGGGUUCUAAAGGUUUACCGGGUUCUAAAGGUUUACCGGGUUCUAAAGGUUUACCGGGUUCUAAAGGUUCUCCGGGUUCUAAAGGUUCUCCGGGUUCUAAAGGUUCUCCGGGUUCUAAAGGUUUACCGGGUUCUAAAGGCCCACCGGGUUCUAAAGGUUCUCUGGGUUCUAAAGGUUCUCCGGGUUCUAAAGGUUCUCCGGGUUCUAAAGGUCCACCGGGUCCACCGGGUUCUAAAGGCCCACCGGGUUCUAAAGGUCCACCGGGUUCUAAAGGUCCACCGGGUUCUAAAGGUUCUCUGGGUUCUAAAGGUCCACCGGGUUCUAAAGGUCCACCGGGUUCUAAAGGUCCACCGGGUUCUAAAGGUUCUCUGGGUUCUAAAGGUCCACCAGGUUCUAAAGGUCCACCGGGUUCUAAAGGUUCUCUGGGUUCUAAAGGUCCACCGGGUUCUAAAGGUCCACCGGGUUCUAAAGGUCCACCGGGUUCUAAAGGUUCUCUGGGUUCUAAAGGUCCACCAGGUUCUAAAGGUCCACCGGGUUCUAAAGGUUCUCCGGGUUCUAAAGGUUCUCCGGGUUCUAAAGGUUCUCCGGGUUCUAAAGGUUUACCGGGUUCUAAAGGUCCACCGGGUUCUAAAGGUCCACCGGGUUCUAAAGGUUUACCGGGUUCUAAAGGCCCACCGGGUUCUAAAGGUUCUCUGGGUUCUAAAGGUUUACCGGGUUCUAAAGGUUUACCGGGUUCUAAAGGUUUACUGGGUUCUAAAGGUCCACCGGGUUCUAAAGGUUUACCGGGUUCUAAAGGCCCACCGGGUUCUAAAGGUUCUCUGGGUUCUAAAGGUUUACCGGGUUCUAAAGGUUUACCGGGUUCUAAAGGUUUACCGGGUUCUAAAGGUUCUCCGGGUUCUAAAGGUUCUCCGGGUUCUAAAGGUUUACCGGGUUCUAAAGGUUUACCGGGUUCUAAAGGCCCACCGGGUUCUAAAGGUUUACCGGGUUCUAAAGGUUUACCGGGUUCUAAAGGUUCUCCGGGUUCUAAAGGUUCUCCGGGUUCUAAAGGUUUA